AUGUCAUCCAUCCCACCCCCGCUGCCAUCGCGGCCACAGGGUGUCCUGAAUUCGCUUCAGGGCAGUGCCGCGGGCGGUUUCAGCCCAAUCAACACGCGGGGACCACUGCGGUACCACAUAGCCUACAGCGGUUCGCCACCACAGCACCGGACAUCCGUGUUGGCGGCAGCUGCAACCCGGCCGAAGGCGGAUGCUGCGACAGCCGAAAAGGGUGCCGCGGCUUUCGAACGCACUGACGUUGGCCCGUCAGCCUUCUCGACUGGUGGGCGGCGCACCUCUUUGAAGUCCCCUCCUUUCGUCGCAGCCGCAGCGCCAUCGGGAGGCGCCACUGUCACCCGAUCAGUCCUCACCAGCGGGCACGCCAAUUCCCUAUUGCUGCAAGCAAGAGCCGCGUUGGCCAAGGCAUCUGUGGCCCGGGACUCCGUUAAGGUAGAUGCCCGCAGCGACGACUGCAACGCAGUUCCCCUAGGUGAGGAUGCUCACGAUUCCCGCAAUGGCUUGCCGUCUUCACUCUCUCAGCGUGUCGAAGGUCACGAGGGCCAGGGCCGUUGCGAAGAGGUUGGUAAGGAGGAGCAUAAAAGCGACAGCGGUGCCGUCCCACGCGGCGAAUCACAGAGGACCAGGCAAGCAACAGACGUAUACGCCGAUCAGCCGAAGUUGUCGCACGUUCCAUCUCAGCUGAGAGUCGAAAAGUUGUUAGGGCUGGCAGCGGAGUCGGCUGCGACUCGGCGUCGCGUGGGCGUCUCUGCCAUUUCCUUUGAUCCCUCUUCCCGGAGAGCGCUUAUUCGAGACCGCGCCGCGGCUUCCAACCCGACUGCAAUAACGCCUGCCAUCGAGGUAUUUCACUCACGUGUGACGUCACCCUCUCGCCCCCACUUCAAUCUCCCGGUGAAUUGCACUGGGCACAUGGAGGCACCUCUGUGUACCGCGUCAGACUCCCUGAAGGGGAUUUCUGUACCCAUGCCAUCGGUGCGCUUCAUCUACACGCGAUCCUCCAGCAGCAGCAGCAAUGCUCGAGGCUCUAAGAAGUCUACGCCUCUUUCGAUACCGGCGGUGAAGGAUGCCCUCGGCGAUGACGUUCGUGCUACCGCCGCUGUGUCGACGGAGCCUGGGAUUACCACACUCAAGGUGGCGGACCUCGCUGAUGAGCGCGUUACGGCCACCACGACAGCUGCCUCAACCCAACUAUCACUUGCAACCCAGUUGCUCCUCAGCCGUAGCACGUUGUCGCGGCAACAUGUCGAAGGAAAGCUUCGGCGGCCCAGUGCGAGCAUCCCCGGUACACUUGAUGCCACCUGUGCCUAUGCGCGCACAAGGACGGCAGGGACAGCCCCGCAGCUGUUCUCUGAAACACGCGAUAGACCGACGGACGAGAAGUCUGGUAAAGCCUCGAGAAGAGAUGUCGAGCACCCGGUGAAUGACGCGCUGCAGCAUACAGGCGCAAGGGACUUUGACGAAGCCUCGCAGUCGCGCCUGCAGCGGUGGCGCCAAGGUCAAGAGGGGAAUCGCUCAAAGGCGAAGUAUGUGGCCUCAAUCAACACCUCGACCUCACCGACUGUCGAGGGUGACACAACUUCAAGAGAGAUGGUGAAAAAUAAUGCAGGUGUAGCACCAAAAGGAGAUGUGGUGAAGCCACUGCCAAGCGCACCAACGACGGUCGCGUCGGGGCAGCAGCAAGAGAGAGGGGAGCGAGGAUCAGCACGAGGGGCCAGCGCCGCCAAUGCUGACCUCGUAAUCGCACCAGAGCCACCGACAGAGGAGCCAGAAAGGCAGCGCAGACGAUCCUUGCCAGUAGAUGCCGGAAAUACUGCUACUGCGCCUACUGCAAGCGAGUCCUUUCUCCUCAGUGAAGCAAUGCACAGCGACGCUGCACCGGACUCACCGGAGACUGAGCUGGCGUCUGUCGACUCCAGGCGAAGCUCAAAAGUGUCGAUGGCGCCGCGGCCGAAACUGCCAUCUACCGCGAAAAGUGGAAGUGUGGUUGAUGAGUGUGGGGUUGCGGCUGUCAGAAAUGAAGAAGUACAGGCUAGCUUGCCUGCCAAGGUGUCAACUCACGCUCCACCCCACAACUCCCCCUUCAGCUGCUACCUGACGGAGGACCCGGCGCAUCGAGCAACUGCGGAAGAAGGUGCUCCGGUCGACCGGGUAUCGCAGUCGUUGCCGCCACCGCAGGACCCUCCGGUGAGUGCAAUUGCCGUGAAGCCUCCGCAUCCGCCAUCCACACAACACAAAACCCGUCCUUGCUUUGCACCAGGAGUGACUGAAGGCGUUACUCCGGCUAACCGCCAGCCAUCAAACCGCGCAUCGACGCAUCAGUCUGCGUGGCGUCAGACCACGCGAGGGUCUACAGCGGCCGCAAAGGAGGCCUCUCUGCCUUUCUCGUCACCUGGCGUUGCCAAAGCGCGGGAGCUCUUCCGCGCAGUGCUUGAGCGUCGUGGACAACGGCUUCAGCUCCAGGAAUCCUUGAACGCCGGCCGCGUCUCUCCCCAGCAGCUAGCCUCGAUUGAGGCCCGUGCUGAGACGUCUGGUGAGGGAGCAGAGGUGUCGCCGGCUUUCCCUCGUUGCGAACAGCCAAGCGCGUGCCACACCACCGCCACUUCCAGCCCCUCCACAUCUCCAUGGAGUUUGAUGCAGGGCGCGACUGUGGCCACGUUGUUAACAGCCGAGUCCGCAUGCUCGUCGGCAUGUGCGUCCAGUACUGUGACGCCAGGGGGUCUCAGCACUCUUUAUAUGAGCUCCGUUGUGAGUCUAGCGACGGGGCCUGACACUGGUGACGACGCGCCACGCAGCGGUGACGAGGCAGCAGCAGAGACAUCUGGUGAGAGCGUUUUCUUUGCUCACCAGGGAGGUAGAGACUAUCAAAGCUCUUUUCCCGGCACCGAGAUAGCCGCCGAGAAGGCAGACACCGGUCUCAAGUCAUCGCCAUGCUCGGAGAACGAGGAGCUGGUGGGCAGUCGCUCCGUCAACCGGAAGCCUGAUGCGUACACCUUUCUCCUACAGUGGAUUCGCCAAAGCAGGGCGCAGUCGUCACGCCCCACUUCUGGUGCGCCAACACCUCUGCCAGCAGUGGAUGUGGAGGUUGGUCUCGCUGCGAUACCCACGACGACCGAUAAUGAACAGAACGCGCGCCUUGCCGAGCGGCGUGCUCUCGUCGACAAGUACCACCGACCUAGCAGAACUUCCAGCGACGUGGAGGUGGACACCAACAAGGCGCAGCGACCCGAGUUGGAUGCGUCAAGGCCUGUCUCCAAGGCAUCCUUUCUCCGCAAAUCGUCAGACCCGUGUUGCUCUCACCAAAACAGUAGCUGUGCCAGCUCCUUGUGCACCCCCUUCUUCGACAAGGACAUGGUGUCCGAGAAACAUCUGACCUCAGCACCUGCACCCCCCUCUGGUCAAGACAUAGCUGAAAGCCACAACACUCUCGUAGAUGAUGCAGAGUGGCCUCCUCAUACUCCCGCCUCUGCCGUGGUUGCUGACGCGGAUGGUGCCCCCACCUCUACCGUCGCUGCUCUCGGUGACAUCCAGCUACACGAGCUGGACAAACUCGAACAGAGCAUCAACGCACUGUUGAAGAAUUACGGGCCCAGCAAGGCGCCAGGUAAGGAGAGCACGCCGACAAAGAUGACGGCCGCCGCUGCGCUGAUGCGUGAGAUGCCUCCGCCGGCAAGGACGUCCACGAGUAUGAAGGCAAAGCACAAGGAGACCGUGUCAGUCUUAAAGGAGCGCCGGAAGAAAGACUCGAAUUGCGACACACCGGGGGUUAGCAGCUCUGAAGGCAAUACUCACACCUGGCGCCAUCACGGCUGCGCAAGCAAAACCGACGAUGACGACAGCCAAUGGGAAGGAAGCGGACUCUGGUGUGGAGACGAGUCCACGUACGAAGUCAAGCCGCCAACGGUCUUUGUGCCGCCUCUUGACCUCACGCCGCUGCUGCUGCCAACGAACGAUUCAGAGGACCUCAAGCCAUAUCGCAUCCCGCUGCCCUCCGCCGUGCCGGCACCCGACGAGGCACACCGGCAUCUUCUUCUCACUAUCGGCGCUUAUGCGGUAGCCUUUGGCGCAGAAUGUAACACGGUGGCAGCGGGCGACGACAGUAGAGCUGGCGUCUGGACCGGUGGACCAAGCGCGUCCUCGUUGAUGAUGAGUGGAGAGGACGCUGCGCCGUCACCCAGCGACUCGGCGUCGUUUAACAACUCGUGCGCGCCGCCUUCCUGCCGGGCUCGCAGGAGCGGUGCGUCCCUCACCGGCGUCUCUCCGUUUGUGAAUGAGCGGAUUCAGCGAAUGCGAGCGUCAUGGCAGCACUCCUCAUCGACGGUGGACGUCACCGUAGACGUGCGGAGUCGAAGAGUAUCUCGAGAGGUGAGCAACUCUGUGAAGGACGGUGUUGAUAGGGCGGAAAGCAAGCAGGCUGAUGUUAGCAAUGCAUUGUUGCUAGAGAAAGCUGCCUACUCUAAGCAAGUGGAGAAAGGGGGAUCUCUUUUCAGCGACGGGUCUGCCAAUGCGCAGCAGCGCACAGCCCACAUACGGUUCACAGACGAUAGCGAUGCCUUGGAUGGAGGUCGCGGUGCAGAGCGCGACCGGCGCGUGAGCCACCAGCGAGCUCGAGUGCAGCGCAUUCUUCUGGACUGUCAGGAGCAGCGAAGGCGCAAGGGCGCCGUCGUCAAAUAG